UGAGAGAAUAAAAGCCUAAUCCAUUCUACCAUUCAUUCGGCAACACCACCACCCUUCCCUGAAUCAAAACAAUGGUAGAAGUAGCUCAACAGUUUGAGUCCAUGGCCGAUGCCGGAGCCUUCAAAACUUUCCCUCAACAAGCUGGUACUAUCCGCAAAAAUGGUUACGUCCUCAUCAAGGGACGCCCUUGCAAGGUUGUUGAAGUUCAGACUUCAAAGACCGGGAAACACGGCCAUGCUAAAUGUCAUUUUGUUGGGAUUGAUAUGGUCACUGCUGAGAAACUUGAAGAUAUCGUGCCUUUUUCCCACAACUGUGAUGUUCCCCACGUGGUUGAGGAUGGAUUUGUGGUUUGAAUGAUAUUGGGCCCAAGAACAAGCCUCGGUUGCUGCAAGUUUGUUGUUUCUGCGAUGGUGUUUUUGGAUUUUUCUUGUUUUUUCUUCCUAUGUUGUUGUAUCUGUUAUUCCUCAGUUGUAUUGUGACUUUUUUAUUUCAAUAAAUGAGGCUAUGUACCAAUUGUGUGACUA